UUGUCAGUAAACGAACACCAGACGUCUGAAGAAAACGCAGAAAACAGAACCACAUCUAUCGCGUGUACGAUUCAACAGAUUUUGUGUUAAAAUAGAAAAGUGCUUAAAACAAAGUGAUGAAUUCGAGUGUAUACAAGCGUCCAUCGGACGCGCUCGUCGCUGUUCCGCAGAGCAAAAAGUCCCGAACGGACUUGGUCUCCUACACGGCGAAAGAUAAACAGUUGAUGGAACAGCAGAACGUCGAGCGAACAUCCAGUCUGCUGGCCCCGAUAAUGCUACUCGAGGGCCACGGGGGAGAAAUAUUUUCAACGGAAUUCCACCCGGAAGGGGACCUUCUAGUUUCGUCCGGUUUUGAUCGACAGAUUCUGCUUUGGAACUUUCACGGCGAAUGCGAAAACGUAGGAAUGAUGACCGGCCAUUCGGGCUCGGUAAUGGAGGUACAUUUCUCGCCGGAUGGGAGCAAUAUUUACAGUUGCAGUACGGAUAAGUUUGUCGCUGUGUGGGAUGUUCCGACUUGUACCCGGAUUCGCAAACUGAAGGGUCAUUCACAUUUUGUUAAUAGCUGCAGCGGUGCGCGACGUGGGCCCACCUUGAUUGUGUCCGGCUCGGACGAUUCCACUAUCAGAAUUUGGGAUGCACGUAGAAAGAGUGGCAUCCACACCUUUGAUAACCGGUUCCAGGUGACUGCAGUUUGCUUUAACGAUACUGCUGAGCAUGUCAUUUCCGGUGGAAUUGAUAAUGAGAUCAAGAUUUGGGAUAUUCGCAAAAAAGAAGUGAUUUAUCGGCUCCGAGGACACACCGAUACUGUUACGGGUUUGGCGCUGUCCCCAGACGGCUCCUAUUUAUUGAGCAAUUCGAUGGAUAAUACGCUGCGGAUUUGGGAUGUUAGGCCGUACGCUCCUGCCGAGCGAUGCGUUAAAAUAUUCAGCGGACAUCAACAUAACUUUGAGAAGAACUUACUGCGAUGCGCCUGGUCACCGGAUGGGUCUAGAAUAAGCUCUGGGUCAGCGGACCGGUUCGUUUACAUCUGGGACACAACGUCAAGGCGGAUACUGUACAAGCUUCCCGGUCACAACGGAAGCGUUAACGACGUCGAUUUUCACCCGACAGAACCGGUCGUCGUGUCGGCAUCCAGUGACAAAACGCUUUAUCUGGGAGAACUCGACGGAUAAUUUCUUUCUAAAAUAAACAAUUGAUCCUCUGCAUCUUCUACAUCUUUUA